UCGGUGUAAGCGACCGGGCCAGACGUGGCAGUCUGGCAGAUCACAACAAAUCUCUUGUCAAAAUGGGGCUCUGUAAGUGUCCCAAGAAAAAAAUGACCACACAGUUCUGUUUUGAGCACCGAGUCAAUGUAUGUGAACACUGUAUGGUCGGUGAACACACAACAUGUGUCGUCCAGUCAUAUCGCCAAUGGCUAAGUGACAGUGAUUACAACCCAGUGUGUCGGAUAUGUGAUGACCAGUUGGCUGCAGGGGAGUGCAUACGCCUUGUUUGUUACGAUUUGUUUCACAAGGAAUGCCUGAAUGAUUGGGCUAGUCGAUUACCACCUGACACAGCCCCGGCUGGUUAUAAAUGUCCUGUCUGCUCAAAGGCAGUGUUUCCUCCUGCAAAUCUGGUGUCUCCUAUUGCUGACCGGUUGAGAGAGACUCUUGCUGUACUUCCAUGGGCAAGAACUGGACUAGGUUUGCCUUUGAUUGAAAAUAGUGGGAGCAUUGACCUGCCUGACUGGAGUGUAGCAAAUGGUACCACAGUUAUUGAACUGAAGACUAGUGACUCUUCGUCAACUGCCCAGUCUAGACCAGUGAACACCCAUGCAAAACCACUGAUGGAGACCACAACACACACUGCCGAUACACACACAAGAGUUAAUACUCAUGACAACAACAGCAGCAUCACCAAUAGUGAGGGCAGUGUUGGGGGCAAUGGAAGCAGCAGUGUGCGAGUUACAGCCGUUGAGGAUCCUCCCAUCACUUCUCAGUAUAGAGACGGUCAUCACUCUUCUAACAGCAGUGUAGCUCGCAAAGGGUCUUCAUCAGAAACACGACUCAAUUUAAAUGGCGACGUAGAUGUUGACGACGAUGAAAAUAAAUACAAACGGAGAUCUGCCAUAGAGUGGUUCAGUAGGUGGUGGAGAACUAUGAGUCGUCCACCAUCACGUCACCACCAAACCCUAAUAGGGGGACGACGACGUAUGAUCAUUGUCUUAGUGUUGCUAGCAUGUGCCACCCUGUUAGUUGUUUUGUCAUACUUAGGACACGGAGCAUCUGAUAAUGAUCCAUUACUUGAUCCAUUUAAUAACCCUAAUAUACAUGUUGAGGGAGAGUAAAUGCAAUACCAUACCUUUUAAUUUAAUUGUAAUAAGUGAUAUGAAUUUUAAUUCAAUCAAAAGACAAUGGUUACCUUAUCAAGUAACUGAAGAUUUUGCUUGCAGCCCUUCCACAUCAAUAUCCUGACAGGCAGUAAAGUUUGGGAACAUCAUGCCCAUAAACUGCCUUGGAAUUAAGUUAUAAAUAUAUUAUUAUGGAAUCCUGGAAACAUUUAAUUUUUUUAUUUGCACAAAAGAAAAUGAGAAAUUUUUGUUAAGAAAAUUCUCAUCUUUGGGUAAUGCCACUGGAAAUUAUUGCACAUGUGCUCUGGCAAGUUUAGUACUGUACUGUACAGGUUAUAAGUGAGAGAAACAGUGCAUGUUUUAUUUGAACAAAAUUACGGUAGUAAGAUGCCAAUUCCAACUGUUAAGAUUUACUGUAUAGCGGUAAUGUUUUAGUACAGGUCACUGGUGCUGGUAUAGAAACAGUUGUGUAAACAGUGAGAGAAACAAGUGCCUAUGAUUAAAUGGGAAGACCGUAAUAAAUGUGUAUGUAGAGUACUCUUUUUCGAGGUUUACUAUAGAUUAACUGCUUUAACAUGGUAUCCUCAUGUUCAUAAAUUCCAAACAUUUUCAAGGGAUUUCCUUGUGAUUAGUUACACUAAGAAGCUUGUUCUUUGCAGUAAACCAUUUGUUAUGCUGAAAAUUAGUGCAAGAAUAUAUCAGAUUUUGUAUUUCUCCUUUUAACUGUUAGGUACUCUAUCUCUAUUCUUAUUUAUUGAAUGAUUAUCUCUUGCUGUUUCUUCUAUUAUGUAAAUAUAUGAAUACUGUACGUAGAUAUAAAAGAUUCGAGGGUUUAUCACUUAUCAUUGUUUACAUGUUCUGAGAAUCCCAAAAGUUUCAAAUGCCCUCAUAUAUUUUAAAACAUAUGUGAACUUUGACAAUACUGUAAUGUACUCUUGUUAGCUGGUAAGUGGAGUUAAUAGGUAGCUACAUAAAACAAUUACCCUAUUCUGUGUGUUACCUCAGUUAAGCACUGUCUACAGCUUUAAACUGUAAAACUGAAUUAACUGUUUAUAUUGAUGGUUGUAUUACUUUAAUCAUUGAUUUUUUUCUAAUACAGUAAUGAUUUGAUGUACAUUUAGUACCAGAUACCCCCUUGCUGUAGACCGAGGAAUGCUAACGUUAAUUUGUGUACCGUUGGCUGUUGGUUUUGUUUCGUAUGCUCAAGUAUAAAUCAUAAAUCAUUACAAAUGAAUACAGUGAAGUGUUCAUGGGCACAUCCUCUCUGUGGGAUAGAGAUACAGUACAGUGUAUUUUUAUGUAUAUGGCAAAUGGAUAAUGUCAGAUAUGUCUUGUGUUGUUUGCCAAAUUCAAAGACCCCACCUCCCAGAUGAGGAGUACAGUAAUAUCUCCGUUAGCCGGAAUCCCUCAAACCCAGAACUCUCUGAUAGCCAGAAUGGAAAUUUUCCCAAAGCCGGAAUUUCCAAAAAAUUCUGGCUUUGGGAACGAUUUUCCGGGAAAUUCAGAGAAAAUUUUCUCGGUAUGAUGUGGAGUUGUUUUUCUGGGAUUGAGAGAUAAAAAGCAGAUGCAUUUUAUGGAAAUUUUGAGAAAAAUUUUCCGUUAGCCGGAAAAUUCCAGGGAUGAGGGAUAUUUUUCUGGGUUCGAGAGAUGAUGUAAUGGGCAUUUCUAUAACUUCCAAUAAUAUUUUUCCGUUACCU